AUUUUUUCGUUGCUUGCUUGUAGCAAUGUGUCGAAUUACUGGACCUGCCGAGCUUACUUACAAAAUUGGUGAAACUGCACAAUUCAAGUGGAGUACUUCCGACAGUUCGGCUAUUCUAUCUGCAACAUGGGGCAUAAAAAAAGGGAACAUACCUGACCCUCAAUUUAUCAAUGUGGAUAUACUGAGAAACAAAGGCAACCUCAAUUCAUUUCUGGAACCAAAUCUCAUGAUGCGGCUGUCAUUUGAAGGUGAUCUACAGAGAGGUCGUGCAUGGUUUACUCUAAAGAACGUCACUGUCAACGAUACAAACGUGUACAUCGCAAGUAUCAGUGACGAUGUAACCAGAGUCCUGCCUUACACAGUUGCACUAACUGUUAAAGAAAAAGAAAAGAAAAAUGGAAACAUUGAACCGACGAAAAGAAUUGGCCCUUCACGUUUUCCGGAAAUCCCUAGAACAACGCUCACAAAAGUUAUAGAAAGGGAGGUUCAUACAAAAAAUGGCAAGCCGAAUAAUGGUAUCUGCAUAACAGUUAUCGAUAAGCCCAAAUUAUAAUAUCUCUUAAACAGG